GCAUCAUUUGUUUAUUUUUAGGGCGAAUCGGACCCAGUCAAGGUGACUGGCGAGGUUUCAGGUUUGAAGCAAGGCCUGCAUGGUUUUCAUAUUCACGAAUUUGGAGAUAAUACUAAUGGUUGCACCAGUGCUGGACCUCACUUUAAUCCUCUUGGUAAAGAGCAUGGAGGACCUACAGAUGACGUUCGUCAUGUAGGGGACCUAGGAAACGUAGAAGCUGGAGCUGAUGGUAUAGCGAAAAUCCAAAUAACCGACAAAUUUAUUAAUCUUCAUGGAGUUCAUAACAUUAUUGGCAGAACACUUGUGGUUCACGCUGAUCCCGAUGAUUUAGGCAAAGGAGGACACGAGCUUUCAAAAACUACUGGAAAUGCAGGAGGGCGUUUAGCAUGUGGCGUCAUCGGUAUCACAAAAGCAUAAAACUAUUAUUAAAGAUGAAAACGAAAGCUUUAUUGUAUUCUAUUAUUAUUCGA